AUGUUACAGGGAAUGGAUUAUCUUGGUAAGAAAAGUAUAGUCCAUAGAGAUCUUGCAGCCAGAAAUAUCCUAGUUGUAGAUGAAAAUCAAGUGAAGAUAUCUGAUUUUGGUUUAGCACAAGUCAUGGGAACUAAUGACUACUAUAUUUUGAAGACACCUAAUAGAGAACUGCCAAUUAAAUGGUGA